UCCGACUUCUAUCUUCUCCUAAGCCCACUGGCUCCAACUCCUAUUUACAUCUACAAUAUCGACUCUCAACAUUUGCAAGGCGAUUAUAGUUGCAAAGAUGCCCGCUACGAACCGCUCACUCUGGCAGGACAAGCCCGGCGUGCCAGGGGUCAUCCGCGAAAGCCCGAUUCCUUCUAAACUCGAGGAACAUCAGCUUCUAAUUAAAGUCCGCGCUUGGGCUAUCAAUCCUUGCGACGCCAUCAUCCAGGACAAGGCGUUGCCUUUCUUCAAGUACCCUAUCAUUCUUGGUCAGGAUGUUUCUGGCACUGUCGAAGCCGUUGGUUCUGGUGUCGCGGCUGAUUUCAAGGUCGGGGAUCGCGUUUUUGGCUUUACCGUAAAUAACGGCUUCCAGGACUAUGUGAUACUCGAUCAAAGAGUCACUGCAAAGAUUCCAGACUCGUUAUCCUACGCCCAAGUUGCCGUCUUUCCUCUGUGCCUCACUACCUGUUCUUUCUCGCUCUUCAGCAAAGACUAUCUUGGUUUACCUUUCCCGACUCUAAGUUCUGCUUCCACUGAUAAAUCACUCUUGGUCUGGGGGGGAAGCUCAGCCUGUGGCAGCAAUGGUAUCCAGUUAGCCAAAGGCGCGGGUUUCCGAGUAAUCACCACCUGCUCCGCUCGCAACUUCGACUAUGUGAAAAGCCUCGGAGCCGACAAAGUCUUCGAUCGUAAUAGCCCCACUAUCGUCGAUGAUGUUGCCGCCGAGCUCGAUAAGGGUGCGUGCGUCGGAAUAUACAUGGCUGCCGGAAACGUCGCCGAAGCCUGCCAAGUCGCGUAUAAGUCCAAGCAGAAGCCAUUUGUCGCUUCUACCAACCCCGUAGUACCUGAAGACGUCCCAGAGGGUGUCACAGCCAAGUUCACCUUUGGUACCGGGGGCGAUGACCCUUUUGCAGAGACGCGCCCCGUCACUUUCGGCGGAUACUUUCGGGAUGCGUUACAUAAAGGGGUAUACAAGGUUGCCCCAGCACCGGAGGUAGUUUCGAGGAAGGGCCUUGACGGCAUCCAGGGUGCAUUAGAUAUCUUUAAGAAGGGAGUCUCAUCAAAAAAGUUGGUUGUGGAAGCCGAAUAA